CGGAAUUGUCAUUUAAGAAGUUUUAUCAAUUUCAUUGGGAUUUGUAUUUUAUAAUUUCGACAUGGCGUCUGCUGAUUAUUCCUCAGUUUUCUGUUUGAUGGUUCUGUGGUAGAGCAUUUCAUUUAUUUAGUCUUCUCUUCCACUCAUUUAUAAUUUAGGUAACAUAUUAGAGUAACUUGCCCCAAUGCAACCACGAGUCAACUCUUCCUCACAACUUUUUAAUGAUUGGAGAAAAAAAAAAAUUAUUGGUUGCUUAGAGGGCACCAAGUGAAAUCACUGACUUGGCAGUGUUUAGGAGAUGUUCUAGCAGAUAACUAGCAUAAUAAUAGGGAAAAAUGCUUACGUCUGAGUAGCCCCUUAAGCAACCACCUGCCCGCCCUGCAACCAAUGAUUUGCCCUAAGUGCAACCACCUGACCACAGUGCAACCACAAAGGUGCCCUCACUGAAACCAGUUGUGAUUUAAAGCUAAGGAUCUCCCAAUACACUCACACGAUACACACAUAAAAACAUACAUAAAUGUGACACAUAUAGACUAGACUACAACAUUAAAACAAAUAACUCAUGCAUUUUUUCAUGACAUUCAUGGUUGAUUUUUAUUUAAUUCUAACUAAUAAACAAAAUUGCAUUCUGAAAUAGACUCUAGUCUAGACUAGUCUAGUCUAAAUCUAGAUCUAAAUCCUCAAAAUCAUCUUCCGACUCGUCAUCGAAAAUCAUUUGAGACUCAUCAAUGCUUGUAUCUGUUUCAGAAUCAUCCAUUUUGUUUGUCUUUCUCUUCUUCGGCCCUUUCCCUUUUGAAUUGUCUUUCAGCUGUCUUUUCUCUUCCAGUUUCCUCUUUCUGUCUUCUUUUCGCCUUUGGUUUUCUUCCUCCCUCUGUCUUUUUUGUUCUUCUCGUAAUUUUAUUUUCUCUUCCUUUCUUUUUGCUUUCUCUUCUAUAGCCUUUAAUUUCUCUUGUUUCUUUUUUUCUAGGUCUAUUUUUCUUAUGGCCUUUCUUUCUUCUUCUUCUUUUUCUGCCCGGUCUUUGUUUAUCAGAUGGUCAAUGAAUUCUUUUCCACUGAUCAGUGGUGGGAGCUUUUGUUGUGUUCUUCUUCUCAUGGAGCUCUGUUUCAGAACAGGCAAUGACAGUGGAUCCUUUGCAACAUUAGGUGGAGGAUUUUGUCUGCUUGAUUUGGAAUGGUGCAAUAGAAUAUUCCCAUGAUAAAGCUUCCAUAAUCUGUACAAUGGGUCAUCACAGUCAUAACCCUCUUCCAGCCUUUCAUAAUAUAGCCUUAACUCUGACUCUCCAAUCUGUGCACAAAUCAUUGCAAAUUUUUUUAAAUUUGAAGCAAUGUCAGAUGAAGCAUCGGGGCAGGUGCUUGUGCCAGCAAUACAUGGGGGUUCUGCUUCUGAUGAACUAGAAGGCACUGGUACAGGGGCUGGUAUAUGGUCGUCUGACAGAGAGGCUCGUAAAUGUGGGGCUGGUGUAGAACUAGAUGGGUUUUGUGGAGAGGGCAUAAUUGUGAUAGUGGCAUCUGAGAGAGAUAGCAAAGCUGGUGUGUCUUGUCCGGCUGCAGGCUGAUGUUGGGGUGUGGCUGCCCCGUCAGGCACAGUAUGUGUCUGAUUUCCCACUUCCAUGGACAUGCUGGGCAGUACUUUCUGCCAGUUAAUGUUUGUUGGAUCUAAUGGGUAUAACCCACUGAUUUUAAAUGCUUGUUGCGCAAGACUUUUCUGCACUGUUGCCUGGUAAGCUUCUUUAAAUACAUUUGCAAAUGUACGUUUCGUUAUAAUCUCAGCUUCAUUUUGUUUUUUCACAGCCUUCCGCCAUUCUGCCUUCAUUGUUUUGAAAAUGCCCACAUCUAAGGGCUGCAUGAUGUGAGAUGAAUGGGCAGGCAGGGCAUAGAGAAUAAUGUUGUUCUCUUUGCACAGAGUGGCAGCCUGGAUUGACUGGUGACUUAUGUGGCCAUCAACUAAAAGAAGAAUCGGCUUUUUUAGCUGUGCUGUUUGGGGAAGAAAAACCUGCUCCAGCCAAUCAGCAAAUAUGGUCUGAUUGGUCCAUCCAUUUGUUGAUUUUGUAAUGAAGCACUCCUCAAAUACUUCAUUUGGCUUAAAGCCACGGAAUUGAGUACCAGGGUAUAUAAGCAUUGGCCACACAUAGUCCCCUAUGGCAUUGCAGCAAACAAGUGCAGUGAUCAUUGUUUUUUGCUCACUACCUAGCUGGUAAACAAAUUUCGUUCCCAUGAACGUUAAAACCUUUCCGGUCCCAGAAUCAAGACUGAACCCUGAUUCGUCGCAGUUAAAAAUUCGAUUGGGCUCCAGGAAUAUCGAGGCAUCUAUGUCUUUGACUGUUGCAGUUAAUUGAUCAAACCAUUUGAUGAGGGAUUCCUUUGUUACAGCAGCCCGUUGUUUCCCAAGUUUUUGAGCUGUGCGUAGGACUAUUUGUGGAUAUCUCAUUUUAAAAUUUCGAUACCACUUCUCUGUCGGCAUAUUAUUUGGAAAUUUGGAAUUCCGGUUACGGAAAUUUAACAUUUGCUGUAUAAUUGUAAAGAGCUCUUGUUUUGAUUUUCCGAACCCUCUGUCUGCAGAGUCUUUAAUAAAUUUCACUAUCUCCUCCUCUUCAGUUUUGGUGAGAAAGGUUCUCUCUGGUGCACUAUUGAUUCCUCGUCGUCCUGUAACUUUAUUAAUAAAAGUUCCCCAAGGAAUGCCAUAAGCUUCAGCAGCCUUUCUCUUAGGCAUCCCAUUGUCUACAGCUUUUAAAGCUUCCAACAAAGCUUCUUGGGUCCACUUUGGUUUAGAUCUAUUCUUAUUCAUUAUGCUGCUUCUGAGGAAAAAAAAGAUAGAUUGGUUUUAGAAUGGUGCUACCAUAAACAACACAUCAAACAAAAUUCACAAUUUAAAAAAAAAUGGAAACAGCUUAUUAUUUAUUUAAUCAAUAGUUUAUAGAAGCAUAGAUGGAGUCUAGAUAUAAUUUGGUUAUAAAUCUUAAUUAGAUCUUAACCAGACUAGACUAGUAGCACUAUGUAGCAGUAUAUGGUUGCACACAGGGCAACUAAAAAUUUUACCUCCCUCACUGCAACCAUUUUGGUUGCGCAUGUGACAACACACUUAUGUGCCUUGCCCUGAGUGCAACCAACAAGAAAUCAGACUUGUCUAUCGCAUUUAACACAUUUCACAGUGUUUACAGUCUAUUUUAACCUUUACACAACCUCAUUACAACGUUUGCAACUCAUUCACGCCAAAUACUAAGCAUAAAUAACACAGUCAACAACUUACCUUAAAAUUUCACAAACAGAUGUUUUUUUUCCGUCGAACUUUCGCUGUUGAUUCCGGCUUACAAAAUGGCUGUAAAUGAUCCGGAAGUAAAAGAAGCUAAAAGGUAGACCAAAGGGAGUCUACUGAGUAUAUCUUUGUUUUGAUAUAUCGCCUACAUCGAGAGUUAAGUAAAGUGGUUGCUCAAAGGACUGGUUGCACAGGGGGCAAGUUACUCUAUCUGUACUACUGCCAUUGUAGUUUUGAACGGAAUCUACCAGUGAUUUUUACAUAGAUGAACGUUUGAAAUUCAUCUUUUUUUGUGACUACAUAAGACAUAAAUAUAAUAUAUGGUAUCAUAUUAUUAUUAUAAAUAUGAUAUCCAAUAUUUCUAGGUUAAGUUUAAGUCUAGUGUAAGUUGAGUAAGAGUUCGUAGUCAUGAUCAUCAUGAUAGUCAAAGAUGACAAAUCAAAAAAUUUAUUGUCUGAAAACAUGGACCAAAAUAUUUUCCAGAAAAAUGCUAGGCAUAGACUAGGCUUAUCAGAAAUUUGUGUAAUGUAAUUUUAGACAUAUGACAUGAUCUGAAUUUAAUAAAUUUUGUAGACAAAUGUUUUUGUUUUAAAGUCAGAAACUUAUUUUAUAAAAAUAAUGCACCUGUUUUGACUCAGAUCUGAUUAUAGAAUCACACUUUGACCUGCUACUAAACAUUAUUAGUAUAAAUAUAAUUAGUUAUUGAGCUGUCAGUUUCUCAGAAGUUUCUGCUUAUUUAGACUUAGUAUAAAUAAGGGUAGACCAAAUCAAAUAGGCUAUAAAUUGGACAAAUUUAGUGGCAGGGGCGCAGGGCUAAAUUCUAUAACUAUGAUGCUGUGGACAUUGCUAUUUCAGUUCGUUUCUUUUACUUUUCAUGUAUUUGGAAUGUACUUUUUUAAAUCACCACUCACCACUGUCUACGGGACAUAAACUGUCACUGAUAAAGUGUUUAUAAAUUUUGCAUUCUGUUAGAUGGAAAAAAAAAUAUAUAAAUGUUGCUGUUACUAACUUUGUAAAUUUUAAAAUUAUUUCAUGACCAUUUACAUACUUAACUUUUCCCUCACUUAUGUCAUUUCAUAAACAGAAUAAAUUUAUAUCUUAAUAAAGUGUAGGUCUAAUUGUGCAUUAUGGUACCAGCAUAAGGCAACAUAUCCAUCAUUGAAUAGCAAACAUCCAAGGUUGUAAGCAUUCUUUACAACAGAUCAAUGAAAUUUAAUUUUUUUAUUGAAGAAAAUAUUAAGCCUUAAAAUUUGACAGAUGAGCUACUAAAUAUCUAACCUUUUUUACAAUUGGAUGAGAGUAAUGCAAACUGAUGUAUGCAACUUAAAGCUUACACCAAAUAGGAAAAAAAAAAAACUUUUCGAACCUCAGAAACCAUUUUCGCAAUCCUUCUAAGGGCAUUGAUUUUUCUAGUUCCUUUUUGUUAGUACUCAUGCUUCAUACUUAAAAUUGUACUUAAGCUUAGCCCAACUUUACCAGUAAAGUGUAUUCACAACUGGCAACCUUUUGAAAUUUUUAACCUAGUUAUGUCAGCCUGAGGCAUAGUUUUCUAUCUUCCUGUUAAGGCUUUUCUAGGCAAUGGCAAAUAACCAGUUGAGAAGGUCCAAUACUAUAAGUUUUCUAAUGAUUUACAGUAAUUUGAAUCUCACUACUUUGAACUGUCUAGGUUAAAGUUGCUUGAUAUGUUUGAUAUCUUUUCACUUUUAUCUGAUUUAAUUUGGAUAUAUUUAAUUAGUUAAACUUUGAAAUGUUUUAGUAUUACAACAUCCCAAUAAGCAAAAAAAAGUGUAAUAUACAAAUAUAUAAAAUGAAUGUUGAUAGUUUUAUUAAAAUGCAUUAAGUAGUAGCGAUUUUUUUUUUUUACAUUUAGUAUUUAGUUAUCACAAUGUUUGUGGUCAUUUGUGGCUAAAAAUAAAAUCGUUGUUUGCCCAUAACAAAUUUCUGUCAUGGAUCUGACAUGUAUAAUAUGCUCACUUAAGAUUAUAAAGAUUGCUUAAAUCAAUUAUUUAACAUGACUCUUGCUAAAUUUGCUAAAUAAUGGAUAUUCUCAAUCACCAUUCCUUCAGUGGCAAGCCAUAAUUUUAUUUUUAUGAUAGUAAAACUUGAUUUAGUUAAAUUAUCAAAUGGAAGUUGUCCACAGCAUUGUUAAUUAUAAUAUGUAAAUUAUAUAGAAUUAGUAAUACAUUAUAUUUUCAAAUUUCAAUUAUAUAUAUUUUUAAUACAUUUUAAAUAGCGUUUUAAAUUUAAUUUUUUUAGAUUAUUCUAAUAUUUCAAGAUGCAAAGACGGAUUGAUGAACCUCAGGUAUGCUUGUUUUUUUAUUUGAAAUAAUUCAAGGGAUUUUGGGUAAAAAUUGAAUAAAAAUAUUACUUUUGGUGGUUUAUAUAAUUUAUUUUGCAUACAUCAACAGACAUCCUGUUAAUAAUACAAACUAAUUCUACUGGAGUCCAUUUUAUGUAAUUAUUAUGCUAGCAGAAAAAGUGAAAAAAUAAAAGAAAAUUACAGUUUUCAAAAUCCUAUUGCACUUCAUCCAUUUCCGGUAUAACAAAAAAAAAACAACAAACAAACAAAAAUACAAGUUUUAAUGUUUUUGUUAAUUCAUUUUGUCAGACCAUCAUAAUGUUUCGCUAUUCAUUUAAAAGGGAGCCAGAUGUUGAAAUUAUCUGGCUGUACUGCCUGCCUUUAGCCAUUAGCUCAAUUAAGAAGGAGCAAGAUAUUUAAAUUAUUUGUCUGCACCGUCUGCCUUAAGCCAUUAACUCAUUACUCGUUAAGUGAUGGCAAGAUAUUUAAAUUAUCCAUCUGCUCCACAUGCUGCCUUAAGCCAUUAUGGCUGGGUGAGGGGAUUCAAAAUAACUAAGACUUCUUCUUUAAAACACUUUUUUUUAAAAGUGGCAGGCUAACUCUAGCCAUAUGACAUUUUUCCGUGUCCUUUAUGUCGGUGACCUGACGUUGAUUUAGUCUUUGUUUUGUCAUGUUUUUCCUUUGUGGAUGUAAUGAGAAGUUAAAUAUAUUAUGUAUUAAUCAUGAUUUUUUAAAAUAUUUAAUUUACAGAGAAGGAUGAAUCCUAAUGAGCAAUAUCCUCCCAGAGUGAUACCAACAGGUGGACCACGUUUUGGAGAUGUAAACGACAGUGGACUCUCAACUGGAUUGACCUUUCCAAUUUCUGGAUACCAGUUAGUGUUUUUUCCAACAUCAUCUCAGUGCUAUAUAAUAAAUAUAAUGUGUUGAAAUAUUUUUGUGUUUUAUAUUGUCUUUUUUUUAAAAUUUUGUUCCAGAAUCAAUCAACCAGGGUCACACCACGGACCAGUUCCAGGGUCUUUGUCACAUGCUGUUGGAAUAGGGGCAUCUGGACAAGUAGGUGGCGCUAACCCUCAAUCACUCCACAACCAGGCAGGACCUGGACACCAGGCUAGUUUGUCUGCCAGUCAAGUUAAUCAGGUUGGGGUGCUUUUCAAUAAAAAUUUCAUUAACUUAGUUCAUCAAACACUUAGUUAUUCUUAAAGUAUUAAGCUUAAAUACGUAGUUAUUGUCAGAGUUCUUGAAUCACAAUUGUAUUGUAAUAAAUUCAAGUUUAUUUUAAAUAAUCACAAUGUAUUUAUUUUACACAAGUACACAAAUGAACUGUUGUGAUAUUUUUAUAGGGUGUUGAUUAGUAACAGCUCUGAUCUGAAGGAGACAACAAAAAUUAGUAGAGCAUCCUGCCAUUAAAUAAAGGUUUUACUUUUGUAAGCAUAAAUUUUAUGAAAUAGCAAUGUAAAAAAACUAAAAUCAUAAUGGUGCAGGAUUCUAUAGAAAAUUUAAUGAGACUAAUCUGUUUUAAAAUAUUUUAAACUACUAGUCCAUGUUGGGGCCACCAUUAUCUGGCGGACAACAACAGCAGCAGCAGCAAUGCCAACGUCUGAAGGUGGAAGAUGCCCUGUCUUAUUUGGACCAGGUGAAACUGCAGUUUGGUAAUCAACCCCAGGUCUAUAAUGACUUUCUGGAUAUAAUGAAGGAAUUCAAAUCCCAAACGUGAGUGUCAAAAGUUUAUUUUCACUGCCUGAAUCAUCUAUGCUUUUUAUUUUAUAAUUUUCAACUUUACUUUUGGAAUACUAACAUCUUCAGCGUCUUUACAAUUACAAUAAAGUGUUGUUUUUUAAAUUUUUCUAACAGCAUUGAUACUCCUGGAGUCAUUAAUAGGGUGUCUAACUUAUUUAAUGGUCACCGAGACUUGAUUGUGGGAUUCAACACAUUCCUACCUCCUGGCUACAAGAUCGAGGUUCAAUGUGAGACCAUAAAUGUCCACCAGCCUGGUCAGCAGGUCAUGUCCAUUGCAGCUCUUGCCCAGUCACAAGCUGUUUCUAAUGUCAACAGGGUGAGUAACAGUUUCUUAAGCUGUGUAAGAAUCGGCAUGCAAAGUUUGUGUUAUCUCAACGAUGUUUGUAUUAUUCUAACAAAUUUUUUUUUAAAAUUAGGAUAGUAUUGCUGGGUUAAAUAUUUUGCAAUGGUUGCAUAUAAAGUUUACUGCACUGUGGGGAAAUUGUUACUUUGAAAAAGCCACUGUUACAAAAAGUGUUCAUCAGCAAAACCCAGCAUAAAAAAUAAUUAUUCUCUAGGCAAGCAUGUAUGGCUGUAAUGAUGUGUUCACCAGGCACACAAAAUAACAUUCCCAGAAGUUAGAACUAAUUGGUGCGUUUUUACAAUGUGCUUUGCUUGAAUGCAUGAUUUGUCAAGUAACUUAAUCAGAUGGGAAGGUCAGCACUGCCACAACCAGACAGUUUAUUUCUAGUAGUUAGUAUUAAAAGAAAAUUAUUUUGAAUGCUAAAAUCUCUUUUAACUGUACUAAACCGACUCAUUCUCACACCCCCUCUGACUGAUAAACAAUGCUCAAUUCUGCUGGGUGCUGUCCAUGGCUAGACAGGGGUAGAUAGUACUUCGGUGGUGAGGUCAAGCUUUUCACCUAUUGUUGUUUUUAAAUGUAAACGUUUCUGUAAUUGCUAAUUUUUAUAUGAAGCACAGUGAGCCUAGCCCUAGGGUGGAGUACUGCACUAUAUAAAACCACUUAAUAAUAAUAAUAAAAUAGUGACCUUUCUUUAUUUGUCCAUUUAUAGCAAAAAUCUGGCAUGUCUAUCUGGGAUGUGGCUUUGGCGUCACAAGUGAGUAUUUUUAUUGUCAGCCCUUAAUUUCAUUGACAUUAUAUUUAAUUUAUAUAAUUUAUUAUUGUUAAUUUUACACAUCAUGAAAUAUAUAUAUAUAUUCACAUUAAUUUAAAUGCCAAGUCAUUCCCUGUUUAAGAGUUUAGAAGCUUUACAUACUUUGAUGUGACGGUUGCCAACCUUAUUGAAUUCACUGCCCUAGGACCUUUCAAAAUGUAUCACACCGGGUUACUCCCCAAUAGUAUGAUACUUGAUUAUAAAAUUCUAGUGUUUGCUACCAACCAUUUUAGGCGUCUCUCAAUCAACAAUUUUUAUAUCAAAAGUCAACCUAUUCCGAAUUGCAGCAGAAGACUGGCCCAGUCCAUCAUUCUACACUGUCUGCGCCAUCUGCGUCUCCAGCAGCAGAUCACAGGUCAUACCACCAGUCACCACGUCCUCAAGCUGAACCUGCACCACCCACUGGUCCAUCACUGUCACAACAACAACAGCAGCAGCAGCAACAACAACCUCAGCAGCAACAAGGUGGACAGCCUGUUGAGUUUAACCAUGCUAUUAAUUAUGUAAAUAAAAUAAAGGUCAGUUCAAUAAUGUAGCGUUAUGUUGUUGCUUUUUCAUUUUUUUCUAUGUACAUUAUUAUUAAAAUUACGUAUUUAUUUCUGGAAAGAAAUUAGAUGUGGUUAUGUGUAAAUUAAAGACUUUGUUGCAAUGUUUGAUGACGGUAUUGAAUUCACUGUUAUAGUCAAUGGAUACCUAUUUUAUUUAAAGCCAAUUACACAUCUGGUUUUAUUUAAUAAAUUAUAAUUAUUAAAUCUUUAUCUAUUAAAAUAUAUAAACAUCUGAACUUAUUUAUUAAUGAUUACUGCAAUUGAGAACUGAAUCCUAUGGUGUUAGAAAUUAAAGUGGUGAAUGGUUUAAUCAUUUUUAUGGAUAAUAAAAUGAAAAAAUGCCUCUUUGCAGAAUCGUUUUCAAGGACAACCUGAUAUCUACAAACAAUUCCUGGAGAUUUUGCACACUUAUCAGAAAGAACAGAGGCUCACACGUGAUGUAACGUUAUUAUUUUUAUAUUAUAUUACAUUUUGGGGAUUUCCAUGAAAUUUCAAAGACUUGUUCGUAGAAUAUUAAUACAAUAUUUGGGUUUUUAUUAACUUCAAAUGACACAUUGUUUUUCCAUAUAGUCUAUUAAUUUAAAAGUAAAUGUUCGAAUCUUUAAAGAUUUUAUAAACAUAGAAAUUUUCCAAAAAUCAUAAAAUUAAUGUGCAUGUGACUAAAUAAAGACAAAGUUCCUACUUUAUAUGCAAAUAUUUAAUUUUUUAAAUCCAACGGUUGUUCUUCCCGUCUUAUAGCAAGGUGGAGCUGUUGGACCCAGCAAGCCACUCACUGAGAGUGAAGUGUACCAGCAAGUGGCCAAUUUAUUCAAACAUCAAGAGGACUUAUUGGCUGAAUUUGGUCAGUUUCUCCCUGAUGCUAAUGGGGCCUCCAGUUAUGGUGUUGCAUCAUUUGUAAGUAUAAUUUUUUUUCCAUUUUUAUUAUUCAUUUUCAAACAAAGGGAAAUUUGUCAAUUUAAUUGUUUCUUCCAAAAAAUUGAUUUUGAAUUGUUUCCAUUUGGCUUAUAAUUUUUGCUCAAUUCCAACUUUUAAGGCUGAUUCUGCUCUGGGAGUGCGUAAUGACCACUCCACAGCUGUGAAAAAGCCAGGCUAUUCCAGUGGGAAAACCCAAACGAAUAAAGCAGGAGCCAACGUGAAGAGACCUGCAGGUGCUGCAUCUACAGCUGCUGUACCAACUUUCCAGCCCCCCGUUAAGGUUGCUAUUUGUUUUAUUCUUGUACACUUCAGUUUAUUUUUUUCAUGGAUAUCUUAUACACGCUUUUCAAUCAUUUUUAUUUUUACAAUUAUUUUAUCUUAUGCAUGAAGGCCCUAUACAAAAUUUUUUACAACUUUUUUUUUUUUUUUUGAUAUUUACUGGACAAAUUUUUCAGGCAAUUAUUUUUUUUGAAUUUUUUUUUAUUUUAUCUUUUGCAUGAAGGCCCUAUACAAUAUUUUUUACCACUUUUUUUUUUUUUUGUGAUAUGUACUGGACAAAUUUGUCAGGCAAUUAAUUUAUUUGAAUUUUCUUUUAUUCUAGAAGAAAGGUGUUCCAAAAGACUUCAGCUUGGCUGAUGCAAGCAAAACUGGAACUCUCACUGAGUAUGCAUUCUUUGACAAGGUAAGCUUAUUUGUUUGUUUCAUGCUGUCCUUUUUUUUUAACAAUGUGACAUAUUUAAGAUGAAGCACUUGAACCUGAUGUUAAUUUACUCAGACCUGACAUUUUUUUUUUUCAUCAGGUGCGUAAAGCUUUACGACACCAAGAAGUUUAUGACAACUUCCUUCGCUCUAUUGUUCUGUUCAACCAAGAAAUUGUCACCAAGCAGGAACUUGUUACGCUUGUCAGCUUUUUCUUGUCGUAAGUUAUUUGGGUGUUGAUAGCGUGUCAGAAAUUGCCAAGGUCCUAAUAACUUUUCAAAUGUUGUUGUGUCAGUCUAGUUUACAGAAGACAAGCCAAGAUUGACUUUUUGAUGGUUGAUAUUCAUUGAUAAUUAAACUUAAUCAUUGAAUGUAUCUCAUAUUCCUGCAGAAAAUUCCCAGACCUUUUCAGAGAAUUCAAAGAUCUGCUCGGUGUGAAUGAGCAGGGUGGUGGAGUGGAGGCUGUACCCCAUGGGGCUGCUCAGAAAGAAAGAAUAAGUGGGGAGCUUGCAAUGGAAAUAGGUAUGCAUUGUAAUUAAUGCCCAUGGGCAAUCAUCUGAACUUUGUAUUAUAGAAAACAUGCACAAUGAAAAUGUUGCAUUCUUCUUUUUUUUUUUUUCCCCUCUGUAAGUUCUUUUUUUCCUUUGCUGCAGAUUUUACAACAUGCAAGCGAUAUGGUGCAAGUUACCGUGGCAUACCCAGCAAGUUUGUUCCUCCAAAAUGCAGUGGGCGCACAGUAUUGUGCAGAGAGGUAAGCUUCAAAUUGCAAACUUAAUUACAUAAAAAUGAAUGUUAUUAACUAAAAACUGUUGUUUUUUUUUAAAUUAUUAUUAUAUUUUUUUAAAUUUAAUGCUGCUUCAACUUUUGUUACAGGUUCUCAAUGACACUUGGGUGUCAUUUCCUACCUGGUCUGAAGAUUCUUCUUUUGUAACAUCUCGUAAAACUCAGUAUGAAGAAAAUAUCUACAAAUGUGAAGAUGAGAGAUUUGAGGUAGGAGGCUUUUUUUUUGUUCCCCUAAUUUUUGUUUUCAUUACACAAAUAGCCUAAGUUAAUUUAAAUUUACAUAUUUUUUUUUUCAUUUUUUUUUUCAUUUUUCUUUUUUUAAACUAGAUUAUUACUUAUAUUUUUACAUAAUGCUUUUAGAUAAAAACUAAUUAUGCAGUUCAAAUUUUUCUUCAAGCUUGACUAUGUAAUUGAGACCAACUUCUCCACAAUUAAGUCACUGGAAGCAGUUCUAAAAAAGAUGAACAGGAUGCCCCAAGAAGAAGCUGCAAAAUUUCGGCUGGACAACACAUUGGGUGGUACAUCAGAGUGCAUCAAUCGUAACUCUAUUCAUAGGUAUGAGCAGUCAGCAUUUGCUUGACAUAAUUUUCAAAACGUAACUUAGAUAAUUACAUCUCUUAGCAUCAGUUAAUGUGCAUAUUUCUUUUAUUCCUGUAUUAUGUUUUAGAUAUAACCUUUUGCUAUCCUGAAAAGUAAAAUUUUAAUUAACCUUGUAUUAUGUGUUUCCUGUUUUGUCUGGAACUACUCCAUGAAGCUUUUUAUGUAUUCUUUACAUAUACUGGUUAUUUUUUUCUCUCCUUCACAGAAUAUAUGGAGAUAAGGCUAGUGACAUUAUUGAAGGUCUGAAGAAAAAUCCUGUUGUAGCUGUGCCUUUAGUGCUGAGAAGGUACAUGUUUCUUUCUAUCUCACUGAAGUAGAUGUACCUUGUGUGGCUUUUAAAAAAAAAAGUUAAUAGGUAGUUGUGAACCUUAUGUUUUCUGAUUAACAAGUGUAAUUUGAAGUAUAAUGUCAAGUGAGAACCCACCCACUCACACCCCACAUACACAGUAGUGAAAAAGCAACUGACACGGUAACCAACUUACAUCUCCAGGCUCAAGGCAAAAGAUGAAGAGUGGAGAGAAGCACAAAAGCAAUUUAACAAAUUGUGGAAAGAGCAAAAUGAAAAAUUCUACCUCAAAUCUCUGGAUCACCAGUGUGCCAACUUCAAGCAACAUGACAUUAAAGCAAUUAGGGGGAAGUCACUCCUUAAUCAAAUUGAGACCAUCUACGAUGAGGUGAGUCAGGUUGUUUUACAAUUAGUUCAAUACCAUAAGUAGUAAAUGUGUUUUAAAAAGGUUUGUUGAUGGUGUAGUAUUAAAAUUCUUAUCUUUAAAAAAGAGUCCAGAGAUGUAUGAAAGUAAUUAAUGCUUUAAUGUGUAACGUACUGCAUUGGAACAGCCAUUUUAUCUAAGCUUUUUAGUCUUCAUCUUUUAAAAUUCUUUAUACAUCAUUAUUAUGUUACUGAUAAAAUACUGGUUUGUUAUGCUCUUGCAGAGAGCUGAUAGCGAAGAAGCCCCUCCACAGGGCCCAAUGCUUACUUUUGUUUAUGAUGACCGUUCAUUAAUUGAGGAUGCUGGUAACCUGAUCAUUCAUCAUGUCAAAAGACAAACUGGUCAGUUGCAGUCACCUUCAUUAUUUAGUUGUAAAUGGAUGCUCACCUGCUGAAGUCCUUGCUAAUUUCGUUAGUGAGCUGUUAUAACGAUUCAGCAGCUGAAAAAUAUAAAAAUAUUUUUAAUUUGUAUUUAAUGUCAGUAUUGAUGUUGGUAUACAAUGAAUGUCAGUAAUGAUUCUGGUAUAUAAACUUCCCUCCGUAGGUGUUGACAAAGAAGCUAAAACAAGAAUCAAACAGCUGGUGAAACACUUUGUCCCUGACCUGUUCUUUGCCCCAAGAGGGGAACUCAGCGAUGAUGACGGAGAUUUAAACGAAGGUAAAUUUAUUUGUAUAUGUAUUUAUGUGUGCUCUAGUACAGUGUAACAUAGCUAUAAUUUGAAUCAGGCUAUAAUGAUGGCUCGGCAUAACUUUAGAAAUUUCGUAUAUUCAUUCGCCCAUGAAUAUUUUUUCUUAAAAAUUACACCUACACAAAAAACAACAACCAAAGAGUAUAAAAAAUAUAAAUUCACAUUCAACACAAUCACAAAUCCUCUAUUCCAAUUUCAACACCACAUAACUCACUAACCUCAAAGAGAUUUGAAAAUCCAGUUGUUUUUAUUAAAUCUCAUAUUUUCCAACUUUAAUGUGAAACUAUUUUAUGUACCCCAAUUAUCAUGUACUAGUGGGGUUCCACUGUAUAAGAGACUAUUAAUAUUUAAGAAAUUUUCUGAAUUGCUGAAACAAAUUUUUAAAAAUUUAAUGAUAAAAUUAUGAAUCUAUAUUAAGAUUUUUAAAAAUUCUUUUGUUAGAUAUGGAUAUUGAUGAUGAAGAAUCUACAGUGAAUGUUCAUCGAACAUCUGAGAAUAGCAAGAGGGCUAAAGAAAAGGCAGCCCAAGAUGAGGAGAACAAGAAGAAGAAAGUUAAUGGGGUCAAGGCUGAGCCAGAAGAUACCAAUAAAAGUGGGAAGAAAGAUGAUGACAACAUGGAUGUAGAUAAGCCAGAGAAGGUUGGAGGAGCUGCUGCUGGAGUAGAUAAUGAUGAUGAUCAUGUGAGUGAUUGAUGUGUUUUAAUAUUUCAUUCUAAUAUAUAGUUAAAAUGUCCACAAAUUCUAGUACCUUUUUUACUUUGAUUUUUUGCCUGAUUUUUCAAAAUCUUUCCACACACCUGUGAAUUAUGGUUCCCGUAUAAUCACGGCAAGAUUUAAGACAAAAAAACGAAAAAUCAAUAUGGACAUCCUACAGGUGUACGCUCCUACCAACGAUAGUAAAGAAGAGGACAAAGAGGAUUUCUACAACAGACUGCGAACCCUGGUCCAAAGGUGUCCUAAGAGCAAUAUGGUUAUACUCAUGGGCGACCUAAAUGCGAAAAUAGGCAGCAACAAUAAAGGCUAUGAAGAAUGCAUGGGAACACAUGGUAUGGGAGAGAUGAAUGAAAAUGGUGAAAGACUAGCAGAUCUAUGUGCUACAAUUGGACUAGUCAUCGGAGGAAGCCUCUUCAUGCAUAGAAAUAUCCACAAGGCCACAUGGAUUUCACCAGAUAUGUCAACGGCUAACCAAAUUGACCAUUUCUGUAUUUGCAAUAAGUUUAGACGGUCGCUCCAAGAUGUUAGGGUAAAAAGAGGGGCAGAUGUAGCCUCAGACCAUCAUCUAAUUAUUGCCAAAUUAAGGCUGAAACUGAAAAAGAACUGGACAAGCGAGGGAAGCAAGCGCCAACAUUUUAACAUCAACCUCUUGAAAGAUGAGUCCAAGCUAAAGGAGUUUAAACUUACCAUCUCCAAUAAGUUCCAGAUCUUACAGGAACUAGGCAAUGAAGAAACAAUUGACAAAAACUGGAAAGAAAUCAAAGAGAUAUUCACGACUACCUGUGAAGAAGUGUUGGGCCCUAGGCAACAAACGCAUAAAGAAUGGAUUUCGGCUGAAACCAUGGAAAAAAUCCAAUAUAGGAGAAAGAAGAAGGCAAAUCUAAACAAUAGCCGCACCAGAACCGAAAAGGCCAGAGCAUCAACAGAAUACUCAGAAGCAAAUAAAGAAGUUAAACGUAGUAUAAGGACAGAUAAAAAGAACUACAUAGAAGGAUUAGCAAGUGAAGCAGAGGAGGCUGCGUACCAUGGAAACACAAGAGAAUUAUUCAGUACAAUCAAAAAGUUAUCUGGAAAGUUCAACAAUCCAGUGAGACCAGUUAAAACUAAAGAUGGGAAAUCAAUACCUGAUGAAGAGGGUCAGAAAAAAAGAUGGAUAGAACAUUUUGAAGAACUCCUCAACCGGCCAGCACCACAACACACACUCAACAUAGAGCCAGCGGAAAAAGAUCUAGAAAUAGAGUGCAGCACACCCACAAAGCAAGAAAUAUGCAGAGCAAUUAAACAACUAAAGAAAGGCAAGGCGGCAGGUCCUGACAGAAUACCGACAGAAGCCUUGACAGCAGAUAUUACGUCUAGCACUGAAAUGCUACACACACUAUUCAAGAAAAUAUGGGAGGAGGAACAGAUACCGGCUGAAUGGAAAGAAGGACACCUCGUUAAGCUCCCGAAGAAAGGAGACCUUAGUUCUUGUUCUAACUAUAGGGGAAUAACCCUGCUGUCGAUCCCAAGCAAAGUAUUCAACAGAAUGCUGCUAAACAGAAUGAGGGAGGCAAUAGACAUCAAUCUUAGGGACCAACAAGCAGGGUUCAGAAAAGACAGAUCCUGCACAGACCAGAUUGCCACACUGAGAAUUAUUGUGGAACAAUCUCUGGAGUGGAACUCGUCACUAUACGUCAACUUCAUUGACUAUGAGAAGGCUUUUGACAGUGUCGACAGACAGACUCUGUGGAAGCUGCUUAGACACUACGGGGUACCACAAAAAUUGACAGACAUAAUUAAGGCUUCUUACGAAGGACUAUCGUGCAGAAUUGUCCACGGCCAGCAAACAACGGCGGCUUUUGAGGUACAGACCGGUGUCAGACAGGGGUGUCUGCUCUCGCCUUUCCUAUUCCUGCUGACCAUUGAUUGGAUAAUGAAAAUGUCUACAGAGCAGAAGAGAAAUGGUAUUCAGUGGACACUAUGGAAACAACUUGAUGACCUGGAUUUUGCGGAUGAUCUGGCCCUAGUAUCACACACACAGCAACAGAUGCAAGAGAAAACCAAUUAUGUAGCACAGUACUCUGCUUGCAUCGGCCUGAACAUCCACAGAGGAAAAAGCAAAGUCCUUAAAAUAAAUACAUCAAGCAACACACCUAUAGCACUGGAAGGAACAAACCUUGAGGAGGUGGAUAGCUUUACAUACCUCGGCAGCAUCAUUGACAUACAAGGAGGGACAGACGCCGACAUAAGAGUGAGAGUUGGUAAGGCAAGAGCGGCAUUUAACCAGCUAAAAAAGGUCUGGAGCUGCAGCAAUUUGACCCUCCAGACCAAGGUCAAGGUAUUCAACACCACAGUGAAACCUGUCUUGCUAUAUGGGGCAGAAACAUGGCGAACAACAGCAGCUGGUUCAAAAAAGCUACAGACCUUUAUCAACUCAUGUCUCCGAACGAUUUUACGAAUCCGCUGGCCCACCGUCAUCACCAACGAGGAUCUCUGGCGGCGCACACAACAAGAACCAGUGGAAGAGUUAAUCUGCCAGCGCAGAUGGAGAUGGAUUGGCCACACCCUCAGAAAGCCCGCAUCAAGUAUCACGAGACAAGCCCUGACUUGGAACCCCCAGGGUAAGAGAAAAAGAGGUCGACCCAAAACAACUUGGAGAAGGGAACUGGAGGCAGACAUCAAAAAGAGUGGGCACAACUGGGGACAGUUGGAGAGACUUGCCCAAGACCGGGAUGCCUGGAGAGCCUUUGUUUGUGGCCUAUGCCCCAGACGGGACGACAGGCGAUGAUGAUGAUGAUGAUGCUGUAAUAUGUCUGUCAAACAUUUACAUUUACCAUUCUUGUAAAUAGCAGUUGAAAUUUCACACCACCAACCAACUUCUUGUAUGAAUUAAAAUAAAACAUUAGAAAACACAAUAUCCUAUGAAUGUUUGAGUGAUAUUUACAGAAUAAAUAAACGAACAGAGAGUCAUUAAUAAUAUCUAUCAAAAUACUUUUCUGCUAUGCUAAAAAUUCCAUGAUAAUCUGGUUUUUAAAAAUUAAAAAAAAACGUGAUUCAAAUUUCGUUUUGUUCCUCAGCCUUUUUCAUGUGUUGGUUUACAAAUAUUGAUUAUAAUUUUUUUAAUACAUUUUCUUUAAAAACUUGACCAUUUCUUUUUUUUCAGGAUAGAUACACCCUCUUCUACUGUAACUCCACCUGGUACAUAUUUCUACGUCUGCACCAAAUCCUCUGUGCCCGUCUGCUCAAGGCGUACUCCCUGACCCAAAAGUUGAUUCAGGAAGAAGCCAUCACCAAGAAGGAGAGAAAGGAGUCUGUGGCAAUGGCCUUGCGUUUACGUUCACCAUGUGAGGAUUGUUUUCAUCAUCUAUUCUUUUUGUAAUAGUUAAAAGUUGAUCUACAUUUCCUCACCUCAAAUGUGUGGUUUCUUGUACAGUGUGGUGCAGAGUAAUAUUCUGUGUUCCUAAAUAAGAUCUCAUAAACUUAUUUCAAAGGCUAAACCAGAGGCUAUUUGACUGAGAGAAUUAGUAAAAAAAUAAAAAGACUAUCAUAAACAAGGCAGAUACAUGUUUUUUAAAAACUAUAAAUCUCAAGAACAGAAGAUAACUUUUGAUUAAAGAAAACAAAAAGACUUCUCCAUAGUUUUGGUGUGUUUCAUAUUGUGAGAGAAUUUUUAAAUAGAAUAAGAUAAUUAUUUUUCAGUUGAUUUGUAUUGUUUACUUUCAACCAAAAAAUUAAAAUCUUUGUGAGUUUAUAGGUUAUAUAUGGUCAGCCUACCAUGUGAUGCAUCUGUUUCAUUUCAGUGGAUGUCGAUGUAGAAGACUACUAUUCUUAUUUCCUUGACAUGAUUCGAGCUGUUUUAGAUGGCAACAUGGAAUCUAGUCAGUAUGAAGAUACCAUGAGAGAAAUGUUUGGGAUUGAAGCCUAUCAGCUCUUUACAAUGGAUAAAGUUGUGCAAAAUAUUGUGAGACAGGUAAAUUGUCUACCUGGUUUUAUUCUUAUUUCUUUUUUAUUUAAAUUUAAUUGGUUUUUUUUUAAAAUUGUUUUUCAAACAUCAGAAUUAACACAGCAACAAUAGCUCUUGUGGUACAUUUUCUUUCAUUCCUUCACAGUAGGACAAGUUUAAGAACACUGAAUGUUGAAGUUUAAAGGUUUGCUUUAAGUUUAAGUCUUGAAACUAUAUAUUCUUUAAAUCUCUUUAAACCAUUUUUUUUUGUCAGUUUCAUAAAGGAAUUAUAAAAAAUUAAUGUGGAUAAAAAAAAUUCUGUCCAGGUGCAGCAUCUAGUUAUGGACGACAUGCCCUCAAGACUAACCAAACUGUUUGAAGAACAGAAAGAGAAGGGAGGAGCUGGGGGCAGGUGGGCUACUCGUCAUCAGAGGAGUAUGUUGGAGCAAGCAUACCUGAGGCAGGCAGAGCUGAUACUGGUGGAUGAUAACCCUUUCCAAUUUGUCAUUGUAAGUACUUCUCCAAAGUCAUCCAUUAUUCGGUUGGGGUACAGAAUUUGAACAGACUCUUUUAAUCAAGGUUAAUUUUGGUAAUUCAUCGGGUUAAUUAUACAUUUUCUAACCUAAACAAUAUUUUUUGUUGUCAAAAGUACAUUGCUGUGCCAAAGAAUUGAUAUGAUAACUAUUUAGUUUGUAGUCUCAAAUUUCUUUUUACUUAGCAGGGCUGAAAUCAUGUUAAAUUAACUGUAUUCCCAAUAUAUAAAGUGUUUAUCUAUUGUAUUUAUAUUGAACAGAGGAGUCUCACAGCUCAGAUGGAAAUUGACAUGCUGGACCCACCACCAGAAUCCAAUGAUUCGGUCAAGGAAACGAGUGCCUGGUCUACUUACAUCAAUGAGUAUGCUGCUGCCAAGAAGAAUGAAGAAUAUAUACACAGAGUAGGACACAGUCGACCCAUUUAUCUUGUCAGGUGUGGCCAACGUACACAUUCAACUAUUUGGAUACUUGUACAUGUUCAUUAACUGUAAUUGCCAUGCUCAAUGCUGAUGGCAAGGGUUAAAGUCAGGGGAUGACUAUACUAUACAAUAAUUUUUUGUUUGAACUGAAUUUUAGAUUUAGGAGCCAGAAAAUAUUUUCAGGAACUGUGGCAAACGGGUUCACUGUAUUACUCCUACCCCUGGUUAAGAAAAAAAAUUGUGGUGUAAGAAAAAUUAAUUUGUUUCAAAGGACCAAGCAUCAACUUAGUUUGAUAAGAUUCUGUUUAAUUCAUUGCAUGUACCUGUAUAAACAGACUGAAGUUGAUUUUGAUACAAUCAAAGACAUUUAAAAUUUGGCCUGAGAAAUGAUUACAUCUCUGUAAAAUAGAGCAGGAUGAUCAUGAAAAAAAAAAUAUUUCAUUGAUGUUAAUUCUGUUUUGUGCACCAUUGUGUUAAGAAAGAAAAAAAAUGUAUAGACCAGUAUUUUCUGGAAAUUUAAAAAAAAAUAUAUAACUUACUUUAAAAGUAUUCAGAGCUGCUAUAAGCAUAUUAGGACUGAUUUGAAUGUGUUUUUAUAUUUUGUCAGAAAUAAGAAAAAGAACCCAGACUGGGAUUAUUUCAAGAAGCAGCAUGAAGUCAAGGAGGAGGAGGAGGAUGACGGUGAAGAUGACGAGGAUGGUGAAGAUGAGAAAGACAAUGAGGAGAAGAAGGUGGACAAUAAGCAAAGCAGGGCAGAAAGAGAGAAUGGUGUUAAAGGUAAGGAUCCCUUCAUUUUUUUAUAUAUCAUCAACUCUCAAUGCAAGAUCUGUAAUAAAAUGCAGACUUGGAAUUCAUUUCUUAAAUGUAUCCAUUACUUUUUUUUUUUAAUUAAUUUUCAAUUUUUAAAAAAAACUAAACCCUUAAAACUAUUAAGUGUUUGUUGACAUAGUUGGUUUACAAUAAAAAUGGACAAAUCAGAAUCUAGUCAGGACUCAAGAGCUUUCCUUGGCAUAAAUAUCUCCAACUGACAAUGCCACUCUUAAAUCUCCAGAUGAAACUGGUGGGGAUAAAACUGGGGCCCCGCCCACCACUACAGUCACAGAUGAUUAUGAUGAUGAGAACAUUGACGACGCUGCGGCCUUAGCUAGAGCCAGCAGGACACCCAAUGGUGGGGAUGAUGAUGACGACGAUGAUGACAAACGAGGAGGCGCAGAGAGUGACGGGGGACUGGGAGACGAUGAGGAUGAUGAUGACAAAGGAUUGGAGAGCUCUAGCAAGAGGAAGAAGAUUGGGGCAUCCCCUGAUGGUGAGCAGGAAAGAUUUUUUUAAAAAUAAUUUUUACACUUAUAAAUUAAAGUGAAAAUGUGAAAACUGCAGUCAAGUUCAGAUAUCCCUUUUGUAGCAGUCACUUACUCCAGUGCCUCCACCAUCACCUGUUACCUAUAGCUGAAUGUUGAAUACAUUAAAAUGAGCAACAAGAGCCAUAGACCAUUCAUUUAUCUUUGUUUUGAGCUAUUCUUUCCCCACUCACUCCACUUAUUCCCUCGCUCUCUCCUGAGGUCCUUAUUCCAAAGGCACACAUGAUAUUCAUGCACAGAAAAUUAUGCACAGACAUAACUGCCCACACCGAAAAAUACACACAUUGCAAAUUCCGCACACUGACAAUUGUGGACACAGAUGAUGACACUGAGAUUUUAUUUUAAGCAAAAUAUUUAGUUAAAAUGAUUCAGUUCAGUUUGAUAUCAGAAUAAACGGAAACUUUGGAAGAAUGAAAGGAAAUGUAUAAAUAAGUGAGACAAUAUGAUAAGAAAUGCAUUUAUAACAAUUUUUUUUUAAAUUUAUAUGCUGAAAUAUUUACUUAUAUAACUGAAAAUUUUUUUGAAAACAAGUUUCUUGGGCCCAUUGUCCUGUAUUUAUUAAUUUGUGUAAGAAAAAUAUAUUCAACAAAUCUGUUGCAAAAUAAAAGUUUGAAUAGGUCUAGAAUGAGUUUAGAAAUUUCAUUAAAUCCUCCCUUGUUUUCACACAAGGUAGCUGGAUGCCUUGCAAGUUGUACCCUGCCUCUCUUAACUCUAAAUUGUGGAAAUAAAAUUCCAUUUUUUUAGCCUCACAAUCAUCAUUCAUAGUAUUCAUAACCAUAGAUUCUGUUUUUAAACAAAAAAAUUACUUGAGUGCAUUGUUACGCAAAUAGUACGUAAAAAAGGUAGGACUAAAUAAUUUUCAUUGAAAAAAACUAAGGAACACAUCUGAAUGCUUACAAAAUAAAUUAUAAUAGUAAUAGCCUUGAAUUCUGCAUAGUUUAUAUUAUGAUUGCUUGACUGAGUUUACCAAAAGAAAAACUAUAUUAAUAAUAUAAGGAGUAUAGGCUAUUGGCAUUGUUCUGUGCAAACGCAAAUUUGACCAUGCUAAAACACGUCUGAGAGAGCUGCAUUGGCUGCCGGCCCGCGCUCGCAUAGAGUAAAAAAAUUGAAACUCUGUGCUACCGCUGCUUGCAUGACCUGGCGCCGUCCUAUUUCAAAGCGUUCAUGACACCUUAAUGUACCUACUAGAUCACUCCGUACAUCCAAUAGUGGUAAACUCUGGAUACCCCGUAUCCGCCUUGAGACCUACGGAAGGUGCACUUUUGCUGGCCCAAGAACCUGUGAGCCCUUCCUGUCGCUCUCAGAAACAGCCAGACACUGCAGUCUUUCAAAACUAAGUUGAAAACUCAUCUUUUUCGCACUCAUCUGCUGGGGUGAUGUAGUCUACCUCCUUGUUUCCAGCUCGCUCAUAUUCCUCGAUGUGGAAAAUAUAAAUUGUCAUAAAUGUUGACUUUGUAUCGCACUUUGAGCCUUAAUUUGGGAUGAAGCGUGUUUUUGAAAUGAACUUUAUUAUUAUUAGUAUUAUCUGUAGGCUAUAAUCGGCCGCUAAAAAAUAAAACUUAAUAAAAGUAAAACAAAUAAAUCAGACAAUACAUCUUUAAUUUUACGUCGUUUUGCUGAUUAUGAUUAUGACAAUAAGUGAAAUAUUAAUCUCUAAAAUGGUAUUACACUCUAAUGUUGUCAUUUUCUUCAUCAGAAAUAUCCUUUAAAGGAGAAUUACUAUCUAUUUUAAAAAACUUUUUGGUAGAGUUUUAAAACUUAUCAGAUAUGAGGUUUCCCAUUCUUUAAUAUUUUGUCUUUAAAAUGAUUAUUUGCAGCCUUUCAUAAUUGCAAACUUGUCUAUUAUGAUAACCAACUUCAUUCUUUCAGCUCUUUAAAUUUACAUUGUAAAAUUACAUUGUGUGCACUUGUCAGUAUUCUCAGUUGUCAAUGUUCACUAUUGUCUGCGUGUACAAUUUUAGUUGUACACAUUUCUUGACGUGGAUAGUUUUUGUGUCUACAAUUGUGUCUGCUGAGAUUUCUAUGCGCAUUUAACAUGUGCGAUUUUGUCACGUUACCAAUCUUUAGUUUAAAAAAAUGUUAUUUGUUGAGCACAGAAGUAAAAAUGUCUUUGCAAACCAUUUGUGUAAGUAAUUAAAUUUAAUUUAUGAUUUGUUUAAUAUCAUUUUUACAUACUAUUUUGCUCUGCUAAAUUUCUGCUUGUACGUUGUCAGGUUUGUCACGGCGUGUACAUGUUAUAGACAACACUAGUGUCAAGUUUCAACAAAACUCCUACCACCACAUGUUUGUGAAAAACACAGGACUUGUUAUGAAUAAACGAGGUCGAAUAGCGCGCACAAAUGCUGUGAGUAUUUCAUGAGUCGGCCAUUUACAUGAAGGACUCAUUACAACACAUUGUUUUGUUCUUAUAAAAUAAAUAUAUCAUGUCUCUAAAGUCAGAUUAAUAAAUAAAUAAAUCUUUUUUUUUUUUAAAGAAAUAUGUGAAUGAACUGAAAUUCUUAUGACAUUCAUCAAAUCUUACAUGUUGUAAAUUAUUAUUUUCUAGUUAAAGCUCUAUCUCAAUAACAAAAAUCAAUUUUGGUUUUUGCAAUGCGCAUAUAUUACUUUUUUUUUUUUGUGUUUUUUUUUUAAAGAAUCGAGGUGUGGCAUACAUUUUUAUAUUAUGUAGAAAUCAGACUUUUUAUGAUAUCAUUUUGUGAAAUUACAUGAAGCCUUGAUUUUGAUUAAAGUCAUUAAAGCAAUGGCUUAGUUCAAAAAGAAAUAUUCUCCUUGCCAUCAGGAACCAUACGUUUUAGUUACACUGUUAAUUACAUCGAGCUCUAAUUGUUUACUAUUUUUAAAACCGAUUUCAGAGCCACAAGAAGGUAACACAGAAGAAGUACAAGAACAUGCUGAACUGGACCGAGCCGUGGUUGACCAGAAAUGUCUCACAAACUCAAGCUGAAGACUGUCGAAAGUGGCUGAUGGGUUUGGCCACAGAGAGCAGAUCCAACAAUACAUCUGUUUUAGAAAUUGAACAGUACGACAAAACACCUUACAGGUUAUUCAGAAAAUAUUCCGUGGAUUGGGUGGCCCCUGGUUCAGGACGAACAUCGCCGGCCUCAAACAAUAAUUAAUUGUCAGCCUAUAUCAUCUGAUCCGGAAUGUUGAUUUGUAAAUGAUAAAAACAUAUUUUAAUAUAAAAUAGUUAUACUGUAAAUUAUUAUUUGUCUAUGGAGUCAAUUACAUUGCCCGAAUGUACUCAGUUUACUUUGUAAUGACCUGAAUUUUGCACCAUAACUGGUGAUGUCAAAUAUUUAAUAUUUAUGAAGUCAAUUUGGUCCCAUUAGCAGACUGCAAAAAAAAUAAAUAGACAGCUAAUAGUUCAAGUCCCAAGGAUCAAUUAACUCCCAAUUCCUAUUUUGAAAUUUAAUGGUCCCCAACACCCCCCACCCCCCUUCCCAAUCAGUUGUUGAUUUAAAUCAAAUGACUGACGCAAAAAAAAAGUUGUGCACCAAAUUGGCUUCCGGUGGCUCAUAGAUCAACUCCACUGUUGUUGCAUUAACACUGUACUUAUUGGUCUGAUUUUUUUCUUUUUUAUUGUAAAUAUUUGAAAAUUAUGUUAGUCCAUUUAUGAAUGAAUAACAAAAUGCUAUUAGGAGCAACUGUAUGUACAAAAAAAAUUCUCAUUGCUUCUGUUUAAAUUUUGUUAACGCCACAUCCUCUUCAAAAAAAACAUUAUAGAAUUUUGUUUAUUUCACUAAAAUUUUAAAUAUCCAUUUGUUUAUAUGCGCCCUGGUCUGUAGUGUUACAAUAUAAGUGCAUUUUAUAUACAAAGUAUCAUAUAAAUUCAGCUGUUUCGGUUAAACUGUUAAAUUCUUUGUUGUUUAGAAUGUACAAAAAUUAUAAAUAUUGUGAAUUUCAAAAAGUCUUAUGUAAAGAUGUCAACAUGAAAGUAAUAUUUCCACAUACACUAUAUAUAAAGCUUUUUGUGUC